AGUUAAUAAAGAACAAUGUUCAAUUAAAAUUUGCUGUGUAGUGACUACAUAUAGACAUAUUUCCAUCAUAAUACUGAGUUAAGGAUAUAAUAUAUAUAACAGAGAAAAAAUCAUCAAGAAAAAUUAGAAGCAUUGAUUAUUGUUAAAAUAAUAUCGAAUCAUGAUAAGUCGUUCGCGCCCAAGACGGAAUAGAUAUGUACAAAUUUUAUUGUUUAUUAUCAUUUACUCGAGUUAUUAUGCUUAUUCGGCUGUUACAACAUUACCCGAGACAUCAGAAAAUGCUUUUAGCGGUACUUAUGAGCCAACAGUAACACCAGAGACUUUCGAGGAAUCUACAUCAGCAACCCUAAAUAUUUCAUCUACUGCGAGUACAGGAUUAAAUCAUCAUGGAUACCCCACAAUGAGACCUCGUCGACCUGAUUGUGCACCACCGGCAAUUGAACAAUUUCCACCUCCACUCAUGAGCGCAACACUACGUAAGCAUGGAGGGAUUAUCAUUCAUAUACUAGUUGCAAUCUUUACUUUCCUGGGUCUGGCAAUCGUUUGUGAUGAUUACUUUGUAUCAAGUUUAGAUAGAAUUUGUGAAGAGCUAAAAUUAUCACCGGAUGUUGCUGGUGCUACUUUUAUGGCAGCUGGUUCUUCGGCACCAGAGUUAGCGACUGUAAUAAUUGGUGUAUUUUUUGCAAAGGACGAUAUCGGUGUUUCCGGAGUUAUAGGAUCUGCAGUUUUUAACAUUAUGUUUGUUAUAUCGGUUUGUGCUUUAUGCUCGGGAACAGUAUCACAAUUAAAUUGGUGGCCCUUAGUUCGUGAUUGUGCUUGCUAUUCAUUUUCAAUCCUUGUCAUGCUUGUUAUCAUAUGCAAUGAAGUCAUUUCAUGGCCGGAAGCUCUUUUCAUGUUAAUAUGCUAUGUAUUUUAUUGUGUUGCAUUACACUUUAAUACGACUUUGGAGAAAUUAAUUCAGCCAUAUGUCUUACGACUCCCAAUAAAACUGCCCACCCGUGAAGAACAAUCGUCUUUGGUAACUUUCAAAAAUGUUCCUGAUUCGUCUUAUCAGGGUAUACAAAAUGCUGACGCCACAAGUCCACAACAGGAAUUGAAUGAUGCGGCCACAAAACAGCCAGAAAAUAAUUAUGAUACCAAUGCGAGCUGGGAUCCAAACUCGGUAUGGAAUGAGGAUAGUCAAUCGGCCGUAAAAGCAACACCCUCUGUAAAUUCAUGGAAUUCGAAUUCAAAUUAUGACUCAUGGGGUGAUGAUGGAGCUCAAAAUUAUGGAUAUAUUAAGAGUGAAGCCGAAAAUGACACGUCUGAACCAGCUAAAGCCGCAACUCCAGUGUCUACAACUGUUGUUCAGCAAACAAAUGAACAGUACUAUAAGCCCAAAGAAAAUCGUCCUGAAUUACCUGAUCCCUUAAUUAAGCCCGAAAAUGCAGACUUACUAACGAUAAUAAGCUGGUACAUUGUAUUUCCAAUUCACUACUUAUGUCGCAUAACAAUGCCGGAUGUUAAAAAGGAGCAAUAUAAAAAUUAUUAUCCUUUAACAUUCCUCGUCUCAAUGGUAUGGAUUUCGUUUUAUAGCUACUUUAUGGUGUGGAUGAUAACAAUUAUUGGAUUCACUUUGGGAAUUCCAGACACCGUGAUGGGUCUUACAUUUGUCGCAGCUGGUGUAAGCGUCCCUGAUGCAUUGAGCUCUAUCGCAGUCAUUAAAGAAGGGUAUGGAGAUAUGGCAGUAUCAAAUGCUAUAGGAUCAAACGUUUUUGAUAUACUCGUGUGUUUGGGAUUACCUUGGUUCAUUCAGACAGCUAUCAUUGUCCCAGGAUCACAUGUCAAUGUCAUUUCAAAAGGAUUAAUUUAUUCGACAUUGUCUCUGUUGUCGACAGUAUUCUUCUUCCUGUUCGCAAUUCAUAUGAAUUCAUGGAAAUUGGACAAGAAAUUAGGUUUCAUCCUGAUGUUCUGGUACGUAUUCUUCAUUACAUUAGCAUCGCUAUAUGAGUUAAAUGUGUUCGGUAAGAUGAAUCUGCCUGAAUGUACUAGCAGUUACUAAAGAGUCACAGAGAAUGGAGACGUGAGUGCAUGUACUGAUAAUUUACAAUGUAAUAUUUGUACUAAAUGCGAUGGUUUUAAGAUAGAAUCACACAUACAAUGGCGAGAAGCUUCUAUAGAAACAUGAUAAAACGAAUAAUAAUGCCUAAAUAAUUUACCUUGAAAAUACAAUGAUUCCUCAUAUAGUGACAAAUUUCAAUUAUAUUACAAUUAUUAACUCUACUUAUUAGUAAUUCCUUAAAUUUUUCCUGCUAUUAUACAUACACACAUAUUAUAUGAGAAAUCUUCAUUAUGACUUACUUUCAAAAUAUAUGAGAAAUUUGAGAGCAUUUUAAACAACAAAAAAAAAGUAAUAAAGUAAUAAGUAACUAUCUACAAGCAAGAUGAUAUUAUGCUGUAAAGAC